AUAAGCUGUAGUCUAAUCGCCUCAAAGUUCUCGCUCAGCUUGAUUUUCGACUGUGAAAAUGUUGGAUUUUACUGUGCUAAUCGUUCGCUGAAUUCGUAGUCUUGUCUCCUGUCUGAUCCUCUUUUAUGUGAUUGUGAUCAUCGUGCCCUAUAUUUUUCUGCGAAAGUUUUUAAUAAUCGUUAUUCCAUUGUGAAUCUUGGCUGCAAGUUUUUUAUGUUGCUCCCAAUUAGAUCAUUCCUGAACGUUGAGUUGUCCUUGCUUGCCAGCUAAACGAGAUGACCUACAUUGAAGGAAUUGGCGAUGAAGUCAUUGAGUGUUUAAUUGUUCUGGUGAUCAUUGUUUUUGCAACACUAGCAUGGUGGUCCACAUCAACCUCCGACCGUCCUUUGAUGCGCACAGUCUACAUCGUAGCACUUCAUGGUAGAUCUGCCUCUGAAAACGGUCAACCUGUUGGACUCACCGAGGCCCAAAACGGUACGCAACAAAGUGAUGCAACAUUAUUACCACCGCACAGCAGCAGUAUAAAACAAGAGGAAACUGUAGAACCUGUUGCAGAGGUCAGUCUUACGGAUGAUUCGCCUGACGGAGCGUCGAGUCAAGCUAGUGGAAACUCAGAAUGUCUUGAAGUCGUAGGGAUAAUGGAUGAAGGCAUUCAAAACGAUUCAUCCACAGAUGACUCCCCAUCAAAUGUUUUGCGCCAACGACGGAUUGCAUUCUUUCAGAAUCGCGGCUCCACUUUACUCGAGCCUACGAGUAGUAGCAAUAUCGAUAACCAGAAUAAAGAGCAAACUGAAAGCAGGGAAGGAACUCCUCAGGAAGUAGCAGCAGAUAAGUAUGUUGAAGAUCAGACAGAGGAUAAUGCAAAGCAGGAUGAACCACUAAAUCAAAGUAGCUCAGGGAAUAGUGAGAGGACAACCGAACAAGCACCCAGUGAAUCACAAACGAGUCAUAGCGGAACACAGCCAAUCAGUGAUGAUUGUAUUAAAAUCAAACUCAUGUACUUAAAUGAAGAACAGAAGCUUGUUGAUGGAAGGCGUCAGGAAUUGUUAGGAGAAUUCAAAAGGCGUCAUUUCAGCACCGAGCUUUCAGCCAACAAGGUAGUCAAACUUAUUUUCAAUGGUCGACUCCUUUUAAAAGAUGCUGAAACGCUGCAAAACUGCGGUCUUUAUAAUAAUUGUGUCGUUCACUGUUUGAUCCAUGUCAACCGAAGUAGUCAGCAGUCAGCAACUAGCAAUAACACAUCAAACACUUCGUCCAAUAAUCACUCAACUAGGUAUACUAAUCAACAGAACGGGCAGCAGUCUGAGUGGCGCUUAGGAAGUCUUUUGUAUAGCUGUCUCCUCAUAAUACUUUCAUUUUGUUGGUACUGCCAGUUCUCUUACUCACAACUGUUCACAUUCACAACAACGGCAGCACUCACCGUUCUAACCCUCUUGUUUCUAAUUUCGUUACUCCCUAAUAAUAUUCCCUACCUGGAGUACUUGCACAACAACGAAGUUCAUAUCAUGCACUAGUCAACCUGGUUUCGCAUUUGCUCUCUGCUUUAGGUGCACAGCCAUGCCUUGUUUUGUUUUGUUUUUUCUGUUCGUUGAAAUGUUGCGGGAGUGUUUUGAGAUUCUGUAUAACAAAGGAAUGUCGAGAUAAAGUUAAAAUUUUCCUCAGAUGAAAGUGAAAGAGCUAAAAAUCUUGAGAAUCAGAAAACACCUAGAAAAGCAAGGGCGUGUUGUCAAAACCCUCUCCUUUUGCCCUCUGAAUUUGGCAGAAGGGCUAAAGAAUUAGUGAAAAGAUGAACUUAUCAAUGAGCAGUAAAUUUGAGUGUCUUGCACAUUGUAGAACCAGAAACUUUUCUUGUAUAGAGAAAAGUGUGAAAAAUAGUCUUCAAGACUCGGUGACUGACAGUAGAUCUACUCAAUUGGGAUAUUAAAAUUAACUUCUCCUUAAAAAUUGCCAAUUCAGCUGAUUUUUUAAGAAAUUUGUCUGAAAUGUGAAUACAUGUAAGUUUUCAAAUCAAGGGAAACAAAAACACACAAAGGUGUCAUUUCUAUGACCAUACAAUGUUACAAAACACAUUAAAAAAUGUGAAUUUACAAGUGAACAUUUUCCUGCACAGGUUUUUUUUUUUUUUCUUUUUUUUUCUAAUUGAUCUCAAUUCAUGCUAUUUUUUUGCGCUUUCUCUGUAUGUGCAUCUUACAUUUAUUCAUAUUUUCAAGUCGCAAAGUUGUGGAUUAUUGUUUAAUUCUUCUCUCUUUUCACUGUACAGUCGAAUCGGUCAUUCUCAGAAAUACUCUAGCACCAGAAAUGAAACUGCAAGAAAAACUGUAUUCAUCGCCCUGUUUUAAAUCUUAGCAUAAGUAAUAGUGCGAUUAAUCAAUUAAAUGCUUCAAUAUUUUGGAGCUAUGAGAUUUGGAAUGGGUCGAUUUGAACAGUUAUUUUGUUUUACUUUUUUUUGUUUUUUGUGCAUUUGCAUUUCUGACGCUGAAGUCUUUUGGAGAGCGAUUGAUUCAAUUAUUCCUUUUCUUUCUACCAAGAAAAUGAAUUAACAAGUAAAUUCUGUUCUACAAUGGACCAAAAGUGCUCCCUUCUAAGAUUUACUGUAUGGAAUGGGGGAAAGAUUAUAAGCUGCAUUCAGAAUAAAAGAGUGCAGCAUUUUCAGUAAGUUGUUGCCGCUAAUGCAAUAUAAAAUUCAGCGCCAGAAGAAUCUCUGUAGUUUUUUAAGCAAUUAGUCCUGCAACCGUACUCUCAUUAAUUUUUCACUCCUUUGCUUUUAGUGUAUUCUAUCCUCCUAACUUUUUUUUAAUAAUUCUCCAUCUCUAAUUCUGGCAAAGAAACAUCAUCUUGGCAGUUCCAAUUUCUAAAGUCUUGAUCAAUAGCAGUGUUCAUCAAAGGAACAAUAGACAAGGUACAAAUUUAAACUUUCUGAUACAUGCUUCCUUUUUAAAAUGUCAUGCCGGACACGAUUCAUGCAGCGAAAAUUACUGAAAUCAACUCCUAAUCAAGAUAACAACGUGUUUCUUUAGCUUUGGCUCGAAAAAAUUCGAAUUUCCUCAAGAAAAAUCAGACUCUAUCCCAAUCAUAUUGCGCACUAUGAUGGCUUUGGCAAGUUUCUUAAUUGAGCAGUGAUACUUCCAUGUCUUGUAUUGUUCAAAGUCUGAAAAGUGUGAAUCAAAUGAGCUGAAGUGUCGAAAAUGAGCUCGCCGUAUUUUCAUACUGCAGAGACUGUUUUGGUAACGUUCAGUGUGCAAGUCAACUCGAGUAAAUCAUUGUUUUUUUUCUUGAGCGGGAAGUUUGAAUUUUUGCAUGAAGAAACAUCAAUUGUGCUCUACAGGAAAUUUUGAUGAGAAAACGUAUUCCAUAAUGAUUACAUUGGCACCUUGUCUAGUGAUCCGUUGUUUUACUUUUCGAUGAGGGCUCAUUAUUUUUAUUUUGGUGCUGUAUUUUCCAGAGCUGGGAAUUCGCAGCUUUGUAUCUUUUCCUUUGUAUAUUAAUUUAUCACAUAUCUUGUAAAACUUUCUGAUCUUUCCUUUACCAUCGUGUGUUUCCCUUUAGAGACUUAUCUGCUGUACUUGUGAAGGAAAUGUAUUUAUGAUUAGAAAUAAUUAGAAAAUAACCUCCAAGUUAGAACUAACUCAGGUUUUCUUUCUCUUCUUCUCGUUUUACAUGUUACGUCCCCUAUUUAUUCUUUUUUUUUUUGGUAUUGAAAGAGACUUAGUUAAUAAAAUAAGUCAAGGAUGACCACAGUCAAGGAAAAUUAGGACAAGCUGGUGAAAAAAAAUGAGUCAGGGAAAAAUUAUGUUAGCGUAAGUGAUAAAUUUUUAUGCCUCGCAUCACGUAGUUUCAGCUUGUCUCCUCGUUGGAUCGGAAAAUAUUAGAAUUAUUAUUCCUAUUUCUAUGUUUUCUCAGAAGUCGGAAACUUUUCUCAAAGUCGGUUAAAGGAAUUGUUAAAGAGACGAGGAAUUCUAGUUUUAAAUCUUUGUGGCCACCCUGAUAAUGACUGUAAAACUCCAAGGAAAUAUCAAAUUAAUUAAAAUAGAGGUUCCAAGGUAAUAAGAGAGUCAUCUCUGCAACCUUGUAUACACCAUCAUUGAAAAGUAGUCUCAGUUUUAUCUUUAAACUGAAGAAAAUGGAUGGCUCUUAAGGUGAACUUUUAGAGAAACAACCUUUCAAAGGGUUUGUUAUUUUUUGGGCUUGUUUCAGAAACAUAUUUUUUUACGUUAAACUUUUGUUCUACGUCUUUCCCUCAAGAUCAUAUCCCCUCCUCCCUCUUAAAGUAAAGAGCAGUAUCUGCGCAUCAAUACUAUGAUUGAAUUACCAGUCAUAUAACCCUUUAUGUUUCCUAUGUGUAAACCCAGUUUCAGACGAACUGUCUCAAACGUCGAAUCUUUCAAGUUAUAUCCUCUGUUGUCGUUCCCUAGAUGAAGAAAGGUAAUUCCAUUCCAAGAUUGCAAAAUUUACAGAAACAGUUCAAAUUUUUUACAAGAAUAUGCCUGUUCACAUUCUGUCUUGACUUUUACUGAUUUUUACGUUUAAUUUGCCGAACAAUCAGCCAAAUUUUCAGUUUGAAAUGUAGUUACGUUCUCUAUCAGAGAAACGAUGAUAAGAGACGCUCUUUUCAAAAGAAUUGGCUCCUUGUAAUCAAGCUAGUUUAUGGAUUGAAGCUCUUUUUUUUUUCAUGUUUAUAUCUGCUAGUGGCAUAGCUCAUUCUCAUCCCUUGACUGGUCAGCUUAAAAAUGACGUUUCUUUAAAUUUUUUACAUUGACCAGUAAGCUAUUUUUUUAAUAUUUUUUGUUCUCUCAGCGUUACUUGAAACAUGUGUUUUAAGUAAUAAGCAGCCAUCAUGAAAUGUAGAGGGUGUUGCUUUUUAGGUUGCUAACUAUACAAGUAUAAAUAGUUGAUAAUUCUAUUUAUCUUCAUAUCAAAAAUGGGAACAUGAGUGAAAUUAGAGCAACGUUGACCUUAAUUCAUUAUUUCUGUUUUCUCACAUCUGUGUAGGUGAUAUCAAGGGCUGUGAUUUAUCUAUUGUUUCAGACUUUUGAGGUUUUUGUUUUUUGUCCUCAUAUGAUUCGCAAGAAAAAAUCAUCUGUCCAUUUCAUACUUAAAUAUUUUUCUUAUUUGCUGGGUGCGUAAAAAAUGAAUUCAACUCAUAUAUUUAAUGCUGUCAGCAAUUUUUUUCAAUGUAAGUACUUUCUUUGUUGAAUUUAAGACAUUUGUGCUUAUUUCCUGUGACAGUGAAUUUGGUCUAUAAAAGUAUUGAUGAUCAGGUAUUCACCAUUUGUGAUUCGCGUUUCUCUAUCACUACUUUGUUGUUUUUGAUUCCAUUAAUCCAAUACUUCAAAGUUUCUCUUCUGCAUCAAGAGAACUUUCCAAGCAAUUCUACCCAGUUUUGUUGGUCGCAGUGAUCUCUUGCUAAAAUGAACUAUGAAAGGAAACUCUUGAAUAACUCAAUUGAAGUCAACGUUCCCUAGUUUAUCUCUUGACACAGUGUGAAAAAUGCAUUUUUGUCGUGUUUGCAUUCGUGUUCAGGAUGCUGCCUUUGCUGUUGAAGAAUCUUUUAAUUUUUAUCGAAGAAUGGUGCCCUUAGCCCAAAUUAUUAGGUGCCAAUUCUUCAGAAGCGAUCAACCCACUUCUUCUCUCUCUGAAUUUCUGUCUUGUCUUAACUUUCAAUGUGUUAAGUAGUGUUAAGUAUAACUAUGUUUGAAGUGCCUCAACUUAAAUUUCAAGGUGAUUUGAAAAUAUGGAAUCAUUUUAAGUAAGCUUUUCGAAAGAACGGGUUUACCUGGAACAAAGUUACUGUUCAGAGCUGUUCUUCCCGCCCCUUUAUUUAUUCCUAAAAGUUUUCUUUGUCGAAAGAUCAAUUGAAAAAGAAAUCAGUCCGUAGGACUUUAAGGGCAAGCCAUUUUUGGCAAGGAAUAGGUGAAAGCAGUAAUAGGCAACUUAGAUUGUUAAUAUCCUUGCUUUGUUAAUACCCUCUGGAUUAUCAGAGUCAUCUGUUACUCUAUAUUUCUACUCCUUUAAUGGAACUGCAUAUCGAUGGCUAAAUUAGGAAGAAAUGUACCUGGUAUUUUGGUUUGCAUUGUCAUUGACUUCCCAUCAUAUUUUAUUCUUCAAUUGGAAAAUGAAUGCAAGUAAUUUCUUCUAAGCUUGUUAGAUUUUUCUCUACCAUUAGAAAAACUCAAUUACAAGCAUAAAAAUAGGCAUAUUUCCCCUGGAAAAUAACAUGAGAGCAGGGAUUGUAAACGCUGCAGUUGAGGUACGGGAUUUCUGAGUUUAGCCAUCAAUAUAAUCACUUUUUUGUCUUUUCAUCAGUUUUUUACGCUGAAUUUCUAUCCUCUCUCCAGUAGCUCAUUUUCUAAGUGUCUGUCAUAUUCUGAAAGUCAUAAAGCUUUAAAUAUAUCAUGGUUUGUCCACUAUCACUUUUUGAAGGAACAGUUUGACUCUCUGUUUUAAGGCUACGCUGUUUUCACAAGUCAAAUAUUUGUAUAGUUGAACAUGUUUUGUUUUUAGUCAUUGUAUACAAGAAGCUUGAAUCCACCUCUUUUUGUUCCUACGAGUGGAUUUUGAGUUGUAUGUUUUGCGAAACAGUUGUUUUAUCAUUCUAUCUGUAUCUGUGUAUUAUUAUUUUUAGUCAUCUUGAAAUAAACAUAUUUGAUUUAAA